UCCAAAUCUCCCAGCACAUUGUUUCUGAGAACAGAGAGUGUGCAUCUGAGGAGAACGGAAAUGAUUUCCAUGAUGGAAGCCUCUCAUCAAAUGAGUGAUUGAGUCUCAAGACUUUCCUAUUGCAAAGGCAAAAGACCUGCAGUCCACCUCCACGCUGGAACACUUCAUGGCCAAACUCUGUACCCACCAUCAGAGACAGAUAGUAGAUGCCAUAGGUUUUCUACAGACGGAGGUCAAAGCACUGGCAUCUUCCAAUACACAGCAAGUAUCUAACUCUACCUCUGGGAUCCAAGGAACUGCAAAAUCCAGUGCAGUCACCCCUGAGAAGUCGAGCCCUGAGCUAAGGUUUCCCAGUGAAUCCACUCCCAAGUCAGAAGUCCAGGAUAUGUCCUAUUCUAUCCCAAGCAGCCGUAAAAUUAAAGCAUCGACUGACCCUGCUUUGGAUCUUCGUACCCCUGGGUCAGGGAAUAAUCCAACUCUGGUCACUCCCACCGCUAAUCCAGUGGAUGCAGAGAACAACCGUCAUGGUGAUCAUGCUCCACUUAAAAUGAAAAUCAUGACCAGCAACGUCGCUGCCGGUAAGAAGUUGUCAUGUGUGCUCAACACCUCUCUUUCGUCUCACCCUGACAUGUUGGAGGACAGACAGGGUAACUCAAAUUCAUCCAACAUAACAGAGACUCAUAGUGCCAGACUCAGCUCCUCUGUGAAAAGACACAAUCAGAAUAGUCACACACAUCAAGCUAGGCAGAGAGAGAGUUUCGGGCAUGCCAAAAAUAAACCAGCGAACCUGUUUUCAGUCCACAUGACCAUUCCUUCAGACUCUCCGCGGACCGCCAGGAAGACCAUCAGGUCAUGCUCUGAUCAUCGGAUCAGGGACUCUGCUUGUAGGGGAAUGGCUGACCCAGAUCUCGGCCAUUGUGAUAUUGUUUUUAUUGACAAACCUAUCACAGAGUGUUUUAAAGAACAGCAGCGCUGCAUGCUCCCACGCCGCAAUGCCAGAAAAAGCACCAGAGGACAUAUGUUUUCAGAUGAAAUCUGGGAGUUAAAAACUGUCCGUACUUUGGCUGGGAGGGGCAACUGUCCUAAUCCUAUGCCAGAGCUGAUAACAUUGGUCACCCCAAAACAAAUGCUUUCAAAGCCUGAAGGUGUACCACCUGUGGAUAUGCAUUUUGCUGGAGCAUGCAGGGAGACGAUGAAUCAAAACAUUUCCAAGGAAGAGUCAGAUGAGAGUGCGAUACCAGGAACAGGAGAUAUGGUGGAGGUAGCGGCCAGUGAAGUAGAUGUUAUAGUUGAGAAUAGUCAGACAGAUCAGUGUCAGGGCAAGGGGCAGUCUGCUCCUUCAUCUCCGAUAAGGUCCCCGACAGAAAACAAAGAAACGGAUAUGAACACAGAUGUAGAACAGAAUAUAACUCCAGAUUCAGCGAAGACAACAGAAAUUGAAGAAGGUGCAUCUCAGGCUUCACCUGAAGCAGAAAAAGAUAACGAGCCUGAGCCUCAAGAGGACACACAUGAAAGUACUGAGCCAAUAGUUGCAGAAACAGUAGAGGCACCAUUAGAGGAUACUACCAUAGAAGAAGACGAGCCCCAGCGUUCAUCAGAUAAACUGCACAACAGUGAGCCUGUUAUCCAGCAAAAUGGCGCCCCAUCACCGAUUGCUCAAAUGGAGGAAGAAAUUAAGGAAAAUAAUUUGGAUGAAAUGCAAGAUAAGAUACCUCAGGAACUUCAACCGGAGACACAGAUACACCAUGAUAACGUUGAAGUGACAGAAAAGACCACAGGUUCGGCAGAGGAGUCGGUGGCAAAAGAGCCGGAAAUGAAAACCUCUGUAGAAGUUGAUGGUGUUUUGCCUUUAGAGACUGAAGGGGAUAAUGACGAUGACGUGUCCGCAAAGACACUUGACGCUCUCUUGAAAGAAUUGCCCCCUUGGCGUAGAAAAAAAGGUAGUGCAGUUUCAAUGCCAAAGCGGACAAGAAAAACAGAAUCUGUGGUAGUGGGUUUUGUCAAUGGUAGACCCAUAUCGGCCUCUGAUAGAAGUCUGCGUCGUAGAUCAAGUAACAGCACCACAUCACCUACUAAAACCCCAGUGAAAUCUAGUCCGAAUGUCCCCAACAGGACUUCUGUUGAUUCAACUGUUGAAAAUAAAAAUGUGGAGAAACGGCUACCUGAAACCGACAUAGAUGUAAAAUCAAUUGAGACUACUCCUGUGUCUCAGCAGGUGAAAGAACCAUCUUCUGCCACACCAUCAAGCCCAACAUCUAAAUUUCCCCCAAGGACCAAACAAACCCGUAAACAAAAGAGAGUUCAGAGAGAUCAGGAUAGUUUGGCUGUUGUCUCAGAUCAGCGGCAACUCAGAUCAGCCAGCCAGAGGCCAACUGGAACUCCAGUAUCACCGCUCAAAUCAAAUGCUGUCACUUCAAUUUCAUCUCCAAAACCUACUGCUACCCAUACUGUUCAAUCUGCAGAGCACCUCCCCAUGCUUCCUGUUACUCCUCCCUCUCCAUUCAGGUCAUCUUCCCCUGCAGCCUCUGAACAGUCCCAACAGAACACAGUCCCAGAGACAACGGUGGAAUUAAACACUGAAAUCAGUCAGCCAGUAGAGACGACCUCUGAAGAAAUGCAAACAAACCUAGAAGAAAAUAAAUCACCGGCCAAACAGAAACUACGGUCUACAAAGGCUGUAGUAGAAAACAUUAAGAAUGAGAAACCGCAACUUAGUGGUGUGGUAUCUAGCUCAUUAGAAAAUCAAAGUCCUGUAAAGACUGAAAUGCAAACAUUAAGGAGUAAACGGGUUCUCCAAAAGGAGGCCCAAGCAGGUGAUGUUGCUUUGCCGCUGAAGGAAAACGUAGCAUCUUUAGAAGACCGGUCUGCAAGUGGAGAUGAAAGCAGUUCUUCCGUAUCAGACAAACUCGCAAGAAUGCCAUUAAGGAGUGAGAGCUGUAAGGCUGAGACGUCCCACCAGUCUGUUACUCAGUCAUCACCAGUGGACAACAAGAAGUUGGCUUUGAGAUCACAAAGAUUGGCUGUACCCUCUACCAGUGCUCUUACUGGAAGACACUGUGACGUAGCUUCCCCCAUCAGAAUAAUACCAGAAAAAGUAACCAAAGCUCAGGUGAACUCCCUUCCAGUGUCUGUUGCGCCUGUGUUGCCCCACAGCUCAGCCAUCCCCAUCAUUACACCAAGAUCUGAGCCCCCAAAACAAACUAACAAAUUCUUUGCGAAUCUGACUGGAGAAGAAAACCAACAGCGAAUUACAAAUCUGAACAUUAAGUAUGAUAAAAUGCAAAAAGGCUGGGUGCAAAUGGACAAAGAGGGUCAGCCAGCAACAAAAUACAAAAACAAAGCAGACAGGCAGGCAGCCAUAUGGAAAAGUAAACGCAGGGCACGAAAAUCAAAGUCAGACCACCAGAAAUACUCACCAGUUCAAAUGCUCUUCAUGAAAGGUUUUAAUCUCACCAGUAUUUGUCGCUGGUUCCUUGAAACGACAGAAACAAAGUCCCUUGUCAUUGUCAAGAAGGUGAAUACCCGUCUUCCAUCAGAAACCCAGCUGUGCUUCCACAGCUCAUCUAGUGCUUCAGGGACCUCUCAGGGGAUAUUUCCAAGCCUACAGGCAGAGCGCUUAAAGAAACAUUUGAAGAAGUUUGCCAUCGCCUCUCCUGUAAAGAGCACCCCUAAGAGUCAGAAACUGAUUGCUAAAGCACUGGAACAAGAGGGAAAUGCAGUGAAAGGUAAAGAGAGAAGAGAACUGCCCAGUACUACUCAGACUUUGACUAAGACACACUUAUCUGCCAAAGCCUGUGGACAGACUGUUGAAUCCCAGAAAUCCUCUGGUAAAUCAAAGAAUCCAGCUAGUGCAAGGAUUUUGAGGAAGUACUCUAAUAUCAGAGAGAAGAUGCAGGUUCAACAAACCAAUGUUAGACUCAAAGAGGCCUCAAAAACCUUAAAAAACAACAAUAUGAAAAGACUGGCCACCAAAAAGGCUGCCGCCAAGUCAAAUCUGAAACCAUCUCUGAAGGCACAGAAAUCCCCCCUACCUGUCGGGAAACAAAUGAAAGCAUCUGCAGCAAAAAUGGAAAGAAGGAAAACAUUGGCCGUCAAAGAAACUACAAAGCAUCCUGUUCAACAGAGGGCAGUCAAGGCUCAGAGCAGUACCAGAGCUUCAAGAGAUGCAUCUAAGAAAGACGAACUGCCAAAGAGAUGUUCUCAACGACUGGGGUCUCCUAAAAUAUCUGAACAUAACCCUGUCGACAAAUCUAAAGGCAAGGUCGACAAUAAAAAGAAAAUUGAAGCCGAGAAAGUAGAAGUGGAAAAACCCGCUGUGAAUAAAGUGAAUGCUAGCAAAAUCCAAACAAAGGAAUCAUCACAAUGUACUGUCGCUGAAAUCGAAGGAGCCGAGAACGCUAAAGAAACCCCACAGCAGAGCGUGGAUGUCGAGGCUGCGACCUCACCUGACCAGGUACUAACAAGAUCCCAGAGAAAAAUGGAGGCGGCAGCCCCUUUGAGUGGAGGUCCCAGCCCUGCUUCAAAGAGGGCUACCAAGUCCACGAAAACACAAGAUGCAUCUCCUAAACCAGUCAGGAAAGCUGAGCGGCCCGUGCUGACGAGAAGAGGGGCUUUAAAGCCCCCUGCAAAGAGAAGGCAGGUGACCUUGUUGCCACGCACUGGGACAAAAUCUGCGACCAAGAGAGCUCGGGAGCUUUUAGAGACCCCAGCUAAGCGCACCAGGACAUCACUCUCGAAAUGAAAUGGAGAGAGGGAGAGAGAGAGGGAGAGAGAGGGAGAGAGAGGAGAGAGAGGGAGAGAGAGGGAGAGAGAGGGAGAGAGGGAGAGGGAGAGGGAGAGAGAGAGAGAGGAGAGAGGGAGAGAGAGAGAAUCAAUCAAUUUUCUACUCUCAGCAAACAUCUUUUUUCAGUUGGCAAAUAUGUGAAGAAGGGACAGAUUUUUGAAAAUCAUUUAUGCUUUUGUAAAGCUUUGGUGUGAAAAAAAACAAAAAACCCAAUGUGAUGAAUUAUUUGCUGAGCGUUUGCUCUGUAUUCAGGGACUACAGGCAAGUCCUACAUGAUGUCUAGAAGAUGUAGUUGCUGUUUGGCUUUCUGUUUCAGCACUCUACGACACGGCUGGAGAUAACGAUAGCCAUUCAAACCGCAUUUUAAAAGUUGUGA